UAUGCAGUAAAGCGCAUCUUUCCGAAAGUCCAUCUAUUCCCUGUCGACAAAAUCUUGACCAGCAGCAAUCAAUCAUCCAUUGAACUCACCCUUUCUGCUCGCAUCAACACCCUCAGCCGGCGACAAUGGAACGCCAGCGAGACUUGGUCUUUUGCCAUGUGUGCGAAAACGAAUGGUUCAGAGACGAAGGCGGUCUGACAUGCCCGGACUGUCAUUCGGACUUUACUGAGAUAAUUGAGGCACAACACGACCCGAGACACACGCACGACGAAGAAGCAGACACGCCGCACCCGCUCGCCGCCCACAAUCCCUGGGCCAACACUCCCAUCGACGCCCCCGACCCCGAAGAGAGCGACCUUGACCACAACUACCGCUACCAGGUCAAUCCCCAGGGCGGCAUCCACAUGAGCUUCAGCCAUACCUUCUCCAACAAUCCUCGUAAUCCCGAUUCGCCGCCCCAACACGUACAUGCCCAGGGACCAGACGUACUUAGAAUGCUCGGUCAGCUCUUGGGAGGCGCCGUACAAACACAGCAGCGCCCUCCACAAUCCCCCGAUGGCGAGCCUAACGUGCGAGUCUUCACCGGCGGCGGUCCCAAUUUCCAGUACACGGCCACUACCCGUCUGGCUCCCCGCGACGCCAAUGGCCCUCAAGCCCAAAACCAGAACAUCGACAACCUCCCCGACAUCCUCAACCAAAUGUUCCAAGCUCCUCCACGCGGCGCUGGUCCCGAUCCUGCCUUUGCCCCCCUUGGCUUUGGCAAUAUCUUUGCCAACUUGCUCAACCCUGCCAACAUGCAACACGGUGACGCCGUUUACAGUCAAGAAGCCCUGGACCGGAUAAUAUCACAGCUCAUGGAGCAGAACCAGUCCAACGCUCCCGGUCCUGCCUCAGCCGAAGCUAUCUCCUCGCUGCCGCAAAAGGAAAUCACAAAGGAAGACUUGGAUGAAACAACGGGAAAGGCAGACUGCUCCAUCUGCAUGGACGAGGCUCUCAUUGGAAGCCAAGUCACCGUCCUACCAUGCAGUCAUUGGUUCCACGCCGACUGUAUCAAGGCAUGGCUGGGCGAGCACGACACAUGUCCUCACUGCAGACAAGGCAUCAUGCCUGAAGAUGGUCCCGAGAAUGCUACAAGACCCAGAGAACCUGGCCAGACUGCGAGAAAUAACAGAGCUUGGGGUCAAGGUGAAGGCACCAGAGAAGACCCUAUCAAUGUCUCCGAGAGUCCCGUUCACCAGCGCACUACCAAUACCGAUGCCGGACCGUCAGGAGCUGCUUCGGCUGCAUGGGCUCGCAUGAGAGAUGCCUUUGGCGGCGGCGGCGGUGGAAGCAACUCUCCCUCAGGAGCUUCCUAGCGUAGACGCUCUCUGAGACGUCUUCGUCGACCUUGGGACCGCCACGUUUAUCGUAUAGCGUCUUCAAGAGCACAGUCCGAGAGUGAAGCUUCCUUUAAGAGACUCUCUUUGAGACG